AUGGCACUUGUUGAUACCCAAUACCAGCAUUUCAUUCCUCAAUUUAUAUUGAAACGCUUUAGCCACCCAUUUGUAUGCCCCGAGACGCCCGAAAACAAACUGAAGUGCAAGAAGAAGCAUCACGAACGGUACAAAUAUCCAGGCGACGAAGUUGUGAACUGCUUGCGGCUAUCUCCAGAUGGAUUCACUGUCGACGAACAUCCUACAAGACGCAUAUGUGGUAUUGAAGAUAUGUACACCGACAAAAAGGAAACGACACAGCUUCCUCGCCUUCUCGAGAUCAAGUUCAGUGCUCUGGAAGGCCAAGCCAGUCGCAUCAUUCGGAAGAUUGUUACAGAGCAUCAGGCUUGUAAAGACUCUGUUACCUUGAUGAGAACAGAACGCGACAUCCUGCGCAAAUUCUUGUUUCUGCUUAUGUAUCGUGGUCCAGGGCACUAUCGAAGAUUUGAUCACGAGAGCAUAGAUGAUUGCCAUCCCAGCGAUCAACCAAUUCUAAAAGAGUAUAUGGAUAAGCAUAAUCUUCAACGACCGAUUGAUGCUUGGCUGCAUAGUUUGAGCGCCAUCAUCGAUCUUCAUAUGGAUCUGGGGGAUGAAUGGGCAAAACAAGUAUAUCGUUCUGUGUACUAUUGUAUUGCUACUGAUUUUGUAGAUCAUGUCACGAAUUACUGGAUUGCGAUUUGCACCCCGGCAAGCGAAGACCAGGAAUUCAUUCUGACUGAUACGGGUUACAAUGUCCACGAGGGACCAACAGUCCAUUACCGGGACAGAGAAACAGGAGAGCACGCUGCUCUGGGUCCUAGCUUUCACUAUUUCACGACUAUUGCUCCAAGACUGGUUAUCGUCAUGCGAAGCAGGUACCUUCCUGAGCCAUUCGAAGAUGCCAAUCCAGAACUCAAAUCCGAGCGAGGAUUUCUACGGAAAAUUAUGACGGACGCCCUGUUUGGCAAAGGCACCAAAUCUAUCUUAGAAGACAUGCCUGUCCACAAAGCGUUCAACAAUUACUCCAGCAUAAUUAAUGGAAGGGUGACCCCGAGACCUGGAUGGGAUGGAAAGCUUCGUCCUAAUGACGAAUUCUCGUUUCCUUUUUUUAAGGUCAACACGGACCAGAUGAGAAUCAUCAAUGGUCUUCUGCUAGAUCAUGCAUUCCAUGGAUCGAUUAUUGUUUUUGACCGAAAGGCCGUUUUUCUUAAUUUACUUCAGUGGUAUCUUGAGGAGCCUUGCGAAGUGGGAAAGAAUCUGAUAGGAGAGCAUCAUGACGCCAAAAAGGAAUACAUUACUCAGCUCGCUUAUUUUAUGGAAAACGAGGGGAGAAAAGUCAAAACCAACAUAACUUCGUGGCCUGGAGAGCACAGCAUCAAUUUAAAACGUCUAAGAGAAAUAGGAAUGGAGGGAGCACGAUGGGCUGAAGAGUUCUCUCAAGAAAGGAAUAAUGAAACCGAAGGGGACCACAAAGGUGCCGCCGAUAAAGGUUCAAACGUUCAAGAGUACCACGAUCGAAGGGUUAACCCUGAGCUAGUUCCAACAUCUCAAGAAUGGCACAAUGAAACUGUGACGGAUGGAGCAAAGGAUGAUUCGUUCUCGGGUGUUCCUGCUGAAGCCCUCAGAGCGUCCCUUAUUAUGCUCCAAGUCUGGGUGAGGAAAGCAGAGCUAGACUUCAAGGACGCCUUUCCAACCAGCAACAGACUUCAAGUCCUCCUAUCAGACUAUCAAGACCGGCAACCGAUUGCCAGGUUCUGGCUAUUCUUAAAGCAGUUCAGAUACGCUAUUUGGGAAAGUGACCGGAAUGCCAAUGGGCAAAAGCAUGAUCCACGAAGCUGGGAUGAAGCUUCACCAGGGCCAGAGGAUGAUGUCACAAAAUCAGCCAUGCCCACAACGAAACAAUCUGAAGCGAAUGCGAUGAUGUGGGAGAGCUUCAUCACCGACAUCCGCAAAACCCGAACCCCUGACCCAGAUUUCAAUCUUGCUGAGCUCACGGCCUUUUUGCUUCGGGUUGGUGGAGAAGUUUACACUAAAAUGAGUCCUAUCCAGUAA